CAAACAAUCCCACAUCUCUGGCUAUAUAUUAUACGAACAAAUCCCCAGCUUUCCCCCGCCAUUCAUCAUUCCAACAUUUUUUCCCCUCUCUUCAUCGUCUCAACUCAACCAUGUCGCCGGCAAAUAUUUUUGCUAUUUUCUUCAUCUUCUUCAGUUCCGUCUCCUUUACCUUGGCUUCUGAUCCCGAUUUGCUUCAAGACCUUUGCGUCGCUCUUCCCUCUUCAGGAGUGAAGGUGAACGGUUUUCCGUGCAAAAACGAGGCAAACGUGACGGCGGAUGAUUUCUUCUUCGCUGGGAUAGCAAAGCCCGGUGUGAUAAACAGCACGGUGGGUUCAUUGGUGACGGCGGCGAACGUGGAGAAAAUCGCAGGGCUUAACACUCUGGGUGUGUCAUUGUCCAGAAUAGACUACAAACCUGGUGGCCUAAACCCGCCACACACACACCCUCGUGCCACAGAGAUGAUCUUCGUGUUGGAAGGAGAAUUGGAUGUGGGCUUUGUGAUAACAUCUAACAAGUUCAUCUCCAAGAAAAUCAAGCAAGGUGAGGUCUUCGUCUUCCCCAAGGGCUCGCUUCACUUCCAGAAGAACAAGGCAGAUAAGCCUGCUUCUGUAAUCUCUGCCUUCAAUAGCCAGCUACCUGGUACCUUGUCAGUCGCCGAGGCUCUCUUCAACGCCAAGCCGGGUGUGCCCGACGAUGUGCUCGCUCAAACCUUCCAGAUUGGUACUAAAGAAGUGGACACAAUCAAAUCCAAGCUCGCUCCUAAGAAGACUUGAUUAAUUAGUUGUACACACGAGAGCAUGCGUGGGGUCGUCUUCUGAAAGUUUUCCCUUUUCUUUGUUAGAUGGUCACUUUUAAAGGGUUUUGGUUGGGGUGUUUCGUCUUGCCAAACGACGUGAUAUUUGUUUAGCAUGAAAUAAUUGUAAUUUGCAAGGACACUCGCACACGCACCAUGUGCAGUGUACGUGCCUUAUAAUAAUCGACAUAUAUUUUACAAAGUCCAAA